GAAGGAUGCGAUGUGGGAUCGUAUCGAGGAGAAGUUCUUCACGGCGAUGAAGAAGGACGGCUCCUACCGAACCCGGGACCAACUCACUUCCAAAUGGUGCCACAUCAACAAAAAAGUCCGAAAGUUUAUGGGAGUUUACGAGGUAUGCUCCCGGUCCCGGAGGAGCGGCACGAACGACGCCGAUGUUCUCCGGCUUGCCACGACCCGGUAUCAAGACGACGGGAACCAAGGCAAGGUGCCUAUCGAUCUUUGGAAGAUUUUGAGUCGUUCCCCGAAGUGGCAACAACUCAACAAUCCCGACGGCGGAUCAUUGCGGAAAAGAUCCACCGUCGCCGCCGAGGUUGAGGUCGACGAGACUAUCGGUUCUACCGAUCAAAUCCCUCCCUUCAACGUUGCGGAUUCCGAUGACGAGGACCCCAUUCCACGGCCGAUCGUAAGAAAGAAGACAAAAUCCAUUGCCUCUGGUUCGGGAGGGUCCGCCUCUGUUUCCGCUUCUCCCCGCGACGAAAUCGGCCGGGCUAUGAUUGAACAACUUCAGGCGUUCAAUCUCCAAGAACAAGAGAGGUUGAAGCUUAAAGAGAAGGAGUUGAAGCUAAAGGAGCAGGAGGCCGAGAUGAAAGUCAUGCAAACCGACCCCGGGACGUUGUCGGAGUUUGGACGAAUUAUCUACGAGCAAAGAAUGAGAUAGAUCAAGGAGAAAUAUAAUUUACCUUAGUUUUUUUAUUAAUGUAUCUUUUUUUUUCAAAUUAUUUUCGCUUUUUUUAUUUAAUUAAUGUGUUUUUUUAUUAUUCGUGUUUCAAUUUAAUUAAAUAAUAAAUUAAGUACAUUUUAUUAAUUUAAUUUUAGAAGAUGUAUAUUUAAAAAUGUAAAAAAUGAAGGUUUGAAGCCCAG